AUGAAGGGUCUUGGACAACUUGACACCCAAGAUAUGAGUACUUCUCGGAAUUUUGCUUUAGAUCAAGGCCUUGAGCUAUGUUCCAACCGAGACCUAUCCAAUUUGCAACUUCGACGUGAGCCAUCCGUGUCAGUUUCCCUCACCGCUCAACAAGGAAGUGCUACUGGUUAUGGUGUCUUGGUGCAUCAAUCAAAUCAAAUCAUGACGUUCAAAAACCCGAAAGAAACGUUCGCCAGUUAUAAUUUACAAGAUCAAGAGCAUCCUCUCAAGAAACAAGAAGCAAAUAUUUUAGAGUCAUUGAACCGUGAAAUUGCCACCAAUGGCGAACAGACGCGCACGGUGGCACUCUACAAGAACACUUUAGGGGAGAUUUACAUCAUUAUGGGUCGAUUGGACGAAGCGCAAAAGAUGCUCGAGGCAGCUGAAAUAAUUACCCAGAACCCCAGUACUCGCGAAAAUCUUGGUAAAAUCUUUGAGAUGCGAGGUGAUUAUGAACAAUCAAUUAAGUGGCGUAAGAUGGGUGCUCCUAAUGCGAUGGUUUGCUCACAUUCUGGAUGCCUUGAAUUGGGUACAAGUACUUUGGCCGAGCUUUCACAUUGUGCUAGAUGCAAGUGUGUCUUCUAUUGCAACGCUACGUGUCAGAAGAAGGAUUGGAACAGACACAAGAAGUACUGCAAGGCUUCUGCUCCAACCGCGUGA